CGCGACUUUCCACAGGGCAUCAUGUCCCACUCAUCCUAUUCGCUUGCAAUUCCACCGUACACCAACAAUCCAACUUGAUUUCCUUUCGAUUUACACCUUGAGGCAAGGGUCCUCUUUAUGCUCGAGUCAUGCGACAAAAGACGCGUUUUGUCUGCGUCUCUGAUACACAUGGAUAUACGCCCUCCGAAGCGGGCUUCAAAUUACCAGCAGGGGAUGUCCUGAUUCACGCCGGCGACUUGACAAACAAUGGAAGCCUAAAAGAGCUCCGCAGGACAAUGGAUUGGAUCUGCAAGGCCGACUUUGAAAUCAAAAUCAUAGUUGGUGGCAACCACGAUGUCACCUUGGACCCGGCAUUCUAUAAAGAACAUGGACAAAGCUUUCAUGACCAGCACCUCGAAGAUUCACAUCACUGCCUAAAACUCAUCACGGAGUCGCCUUCGGUCAUUCUACUUCGCCAUGAGCCCGCCUUGAUUCGAUUGACGCGAGCGGGCGGACCAAACACAGUAUUUAAAAUAUUCGGGUCCCCAUACUCGCAAUCCCAAGGGAACUGGGCAUUCGGAUACGAAUCAAAUGAAGCUGCUGCGCUGUGGGGUCAGAUACCAAUCGACACGGACAUCGUCAUCACGCAUACGCCACCACAAUCUCACUGCGACCAGAAACCGAACGGAAUGUUCGUUGGGUGUGUUGCGCUUCGUAGUGCAUUGAGCCUCAUCAGGCCGCACUUAGCUGUUUGUGGCCAUGUGCAUGAAGGACGAGGAUACGAACGAGUUCGCUGGCGAGGUAGGCUUACCAACACGGAGACAGAAACAGAAACAGAAACACAGCCAGUAUCUGAUUCAGUUGACCAUAUCAUUCGGGGCAUUCUGCCACCCGUGGGCAGCAAGAAACAGAGCCUAGUGGAUUUGACUGGCAAACGGGAUAAACGACUAGACAACGAGGGAUUUUCGCACCCUGGACAAAGACAGCAUGAUCUGGCAGAUACUCAACCGAUGUCAUCAGCCUCACUGGGGUCAGAGUCAUCUGCUGGAGUUCCUGAAAAGGCAAGUCCACGAAACUUGCUGAGCGUUCAUCCGUCCCUGGGUGCGGGUAGCCCUGGCUCCAGUAGCCGAGGUUUUGAUUACGCCUUGCAAACACUAAGAAAGGAAACCUGCAUUGUCAACGCCGCUGUUGUGUCCACUAGCUGGCCGCAUCAGGGGGGCAAACGGUUCAAUUCGCCGAUUAUAGUAGAUCUUGAACUUCCCGUGUGGCAGGGCGACCACGCGGUCACGAUCGGGUGA